AUGGACGGCGAUGACACCGUAACCGCUGAGGUCUGCAAGGAAGCUGACGUUGGGGAUGGAGAGUUGUGGGAGGUGAUGGUGGCCGGCUACCCGGUGCUGCUGGUGAGGAACAAGAAGGAGUUCAGCGCCCUGGGCAGCAAGUGCCCCCACUAUGGUGCCCCGCUCUGCAAAGGAGUCUUGAAGGGGGAGAGGCUGCGCUGCCCCUGGCAUGGUGCCUGCUUUAACAUCAAAACCGGAGACAUUGAGGAGUACCCGUCUCUGGACUGCCUUCCCUGCUUUAAGGUAACAGUGAAAGAUGGAAAGGUGUUUGUUACAGCAAAAAAGAAGGAUCUUGAAAGCAGUCUGAGGGUGAAGGACACAAGCAAGCGAUGCCUUCUCAACCGGGACACGAUGCUGCUUCUAGGUGGAGGUGUGGCUGCCCUGGCAUGUGCGGAGACGCUUCGCCAAGAGGGCUUUACUGGAAGGAUCAUCAUGGCCACCAAAGAGAAACAUGUUCCAUACGACAAGUCCAAACUGAGCAAGGAAAUGAACUUGAAAGCUGAGGACAUGUACCUGAGGAAACCUGAAUUCCUCGCUGCUCAUUGCAUAGAGCUCUGGACAGAGAAAGAGGCAGUGUCGGUGGAUUUCCAGAAACAGAAGGUCCGCUUCAUGGAUGGGUCCUCUCAGAAGUACAAUCAGCUCCUCAUUGCAACAGGCAGCCACUCCAGCUCCCUCAAAGUCCCAGGUGCAGACCUGCAGAACGUGUGCAUUCUCCAAACCCCUGAAGACUCUAGCAAGAUCUUAGAGCUGGCAACUGGGAAGAAUCUGGUGAUCGUAGGAGCUUCAUUCGUAGGAAUGGAGGUAGCUGCCUUCCUCUCAGACAAGGCUGGUGCCAUCUCAGUGGUGGAAAAAAAGGAGUUUCCUUUCCAGAAUGCGCUGGGUCCUCAGGUUGGAGGUGUUGCCAUGAAGAUGCUGCAAAGUAAAGGGGUGAAGUUUUACAUGAAAACAGAACUGUGUGAGCUGAAAGGAAAGGAUGGAAAGGUCACAGAAGCUGUUCUUGCCAGUGGAGAGAAACUACCUGCAGAUGUGGUAGUGGUGGGAAUAGGGGUGUUCCCCAACUUGGCAUUUCUGAAGGGCACGUCCAUCGCCAGAGAUGAGAGCGGUGCCAUCCUGGUGGAUCUGCGCAUGCAAACCAACAUCCCAAAUACCUUUGCUGCGGGGGAUGUGGUCUCCUUUCCUGUAGCGCUGCUCAACGGGGACCGGAUCAGCAUCCAUCACCAACAAGUGGCCGAGGCCCAUGGUCACAUUGCUGCCUUAAACAUGCUGAAGAAAGAGAAGGAAUUGCACACGGUUCCCUUCUUCUGGACCACGAUGCUUGGGAAAAGCAUCCGCUACGCAGGUAGGAAGGGGCAGAGAGAUGGGAACAGCCAGACAGCUUCCCAAGAUCCACAUUCUUCCACCUUCCCUUUCAGGGACGGCUUCGUGACUGCAGCUGCCAGCCUGAACUGUGACCCCAUGGUAUCUCUGAUUGCAGAAGUUUUAUACUUAGGGAAACAAAUCUCUAAAGAAGAAGCAGAGGCCUGUGACAUCUGCAAUAUACCCCCGCUGGCAGAAACCUAA